GUAAUUAGGUGGAAAGACAGAAAAACGACGUAACAUUUUGGUAUCCGUGAGUCUAACUCCGUCCGUUGUCGUAGAGUGAUAGAAAGUCAUUCGCCUUCAAGAAAUUCCUUAACAACAGAAUUAUGGUUAUACCAGAAAAGGAAGUCCUGGAUGAAGAGGCAGUACAUCCAACUAGCAAGAAGACUCCCUACUUGAAGGGAGACCGAGCAAAUGUCUGCCUACUCCUGUACCUGUACAUGCUGCAAGGUAUACCGUUAGGUCUGAGUAUGGCGAUACCCAUGAUCCUACAGAGUAAGGGAGCCAGUUACAAUGACCAGGCGAUCUACAGUAUAACCACGUGGCCGUUCAGUAUGAAACUCCUGUGGGCUCCAAUAGUGGAUGCUGUGUACUGUAAGAGAUUCGGCCGUCGCAAGUCUUGGCUGGUCCCCACACAGUACCUCAUCGGGAUCUCCAUGCUGUGUCUGUCAUAUCGCGCUGAUGCCUGGAUAGACGAUCCUGCAGGACCUCGUAUACUUAUCCUUACAAUGUUUUUCUUCGUACUCAAGGUCCUGGCGGCCACUCAGGAUGUGGCAGUGGACGGUUGGGUCCUCACCAUGCUUAAAAGGGAGAACAUAGGAUACUCAUCUACCUGCGGCACUGCAGGGCAGACGGCCGGAGUCUUCGUGGGCUUCUUCGUCUUCAUGUCUCUAGAGUCUGCAGACUUCUGUAACGCCUACCUGCGGUCCGAGCCUCUGCCAUACGGCAUCAUCACUCUCUCCAGUUUCCUCCACUACUUCGGCUGGAUAUAUUUGAUAACAACGACGCUGGUGAUGCUGUUCAAGAAGGAAGAGACACAGCCAUCUGAGGAAGAGCCAGCCUUGGGCGUUCUGGAGACGUACAGUAAACUAAUACAGAUCAUGCGUCUCCCGACCAUGAAAACUUUUACCAUAUUACUGCUAACGAUGAGUAUUAGUUUCAGCGCAUGUGAUUCCAUCUCCUGGCUCAAGCUAGUAAGGGCGGGGUUAGCCCGGGAAAAAUUUGCUCUGGCGACAACAUUGAUCGUUCCUGUGAAAAUAACGCUGCUUCUUAUAUUCAGCAGUCGGAUGACAGGUGAAAGAUCGUUGGAUUCCUACAUGAAGAUCUAUCCCUACAGGUUGGCUUUCAACUUGAUUGUACCUGCCUUUAUAUGGGCUGCACCUCACAUGUUGACAGGAAGAGACGUUCCCCCCUACUUCUAUGCUUUGGUGAUAUUUACCUACGGGUGUCCUCAGAUGGCAUCAUACUUCAUGAUGGUGACCAGGAUGGCGUUCUACGCCCACGUGAGUGACCCAGCCCUAGGAGGUACCUACAUGACACUCAUGAACACCUUGUCCAACCUGGGCUUUACUUGGCCCAACUCACUCGUUCUUCUGCUGGUGGAUCCUCUCACGUUCAAGCAAUGCUCCUCAGAUGUGGAAAACACCUGCUCCAGUUCGAAAUUGACAAAGGAAUGUGCAGGGGAAUGUGAGACCUAUUUGGACGGUUACUACGUGCUGAUUGCUAUAUGUACGGUCUUUGGACUCCUGUGGCUGAGGUGGGCAAUCCCUACCGUCAGGGAACUGCAGAAUAAAGACUUCGAAGAGUGGAAAGUCAGUUCAAGACGCCAGGAGAAGUCAGAAAAGUCGCAGUUCUUAUAAAUACAUGAAAACCCACACUGUGAUGCAAAAUGUACUUGAUAUGUAAUGUAACACAAUAUGACUGACUCUGUAAACUGUGAUACUUUUUACAUUGUGAAUUGAUUAUGACGUUAUGUA